UCAUUCAAAGAUGACUAUCUUGUAAUUCUAGAAUGUUUCUGGUUUUAAUGAUUUGAACAAGGAUGUGAGUUGAGAACUGUAACCAUUUUUGUGCUCCUCCCCAUGUAAACCUACAGCUCUUUACCAUAGUGCACUUAUGUGCUCUGAAAAUUUCUGUUGAGUGGUUGAUUAUAUGGGUGAAUAAAUGAAUAUUUAAGAAGUGAGUGUAGAAAAAAUUCUGGCAUUUAGGAAUGAAGGGGAGGGGUAGCUAGUAAUAAAGAUGUUAAGAAAGUCUUGAAAUUACACGCCAGGCCUUUAAAAUACAGCCCAGCAACUACCAGACAACUCCACAGAAUUAUGGGACCAGGUUAGAAAUUGGUAGGUCCUGAUUGGCUGGAGGCAGCAGCAUUCUGGUAGCUGAUUGGCUCCACAGGUCGUGUGAGUCUGCUUGCGUCACCACACAUCGAAGCUUCUGGUGGUAAACGUUGGUAGAGGUCAGAGCCUACCCGAGGAACUCACUGACUAGAGCGAAAACCUACCUCCUAAUCUUUCUGAGCUCUCCUUAAGGAUGAGUAAGAAUGGUUUUGUGAGCUAUGGCAGCGUUUCUGCUGUGGGUGGAGCCUUUGGAAGCAAUGACCAACCAUUUCAGGGCGGUGCAGCUCCUGCUACUAAGGCCCCAAGAACCAGGGUUCGAAUUCAGGAUAUUAUACGUGUAAACCAGCUGCUCACCUCUGCCCUGGUUGACAAUGUCUUCAAGAUUAGGGGAAUUGAAGUUUCCCAGGUCUCUCUUGUGGGGAUAACCAGAAAGGCAGAGAGGGCUUCCAAAUACAUUCUUUACAGUAUUGAUAUGACCACCAAGCCUAUUGAGGUCUGCCAGUGGCUCAGAAGAAAUGAAGCAAAACAGAGGAUGUCGCUUCUUCCAGUGGGAGUAUAUGUCAAAGUGAUUGGUAUCCUCAAAUGUUUUAAGGAAGUAAAGGGCCUUGAAGUCUUGAAUAUCCCUGUCCUGGAGGACAUGAAUGAGUUCACCACACAUAUUCUGGAAACUGUCAAUGCACAUAUGAUGUUGGAUAAAGCCCACCAUGUGGCCUCUGGGCCCAGUGCACCUGUUGUCCCAUCAAAAAUAGAUGAGGUCCAAAAGUAUGGCGAUUACUACCACCUCGACCUCAUCCACAAGGAAGUUCUGCAUUUGAUCCAUCACUGUCCUCGACAGGAAGGCAAAAGUUUGCACGAGCUCCAGACCCAGCUUCACAGCCUGAGCGGGGCCAUCAAGCAAGCCCUUGAGUAUCUGACCAUUGAGGGCUACAGUUACCCCACUGUGGAUGAAGAGCAUUUUAAAUCUGCUGAUUGAAGCGAUGAAAAGAUUUUUCAUUUUCCAAAGAUCCUUGCCUCCCUCUGUGAGUGUGUUUAAACCUGUUGACUUUUAGGAAGUAGAUUUUUUUCAACAAAAUAUCUCAGGGGGCAUACUUUGGAACCUCACUGCUUUUCCAAAUGCUUUGAACUUCUCUGUUUUUCUAACUGUAUUUGAAGCUCAGAAAGAGAUGGUGAUGGAGAAAUUGACUGGACUUUUUGUAGGAUUAGCCAGCAAGCAAAUGAAAACAGUCUGGGAUGAAUGAAUUUGGGAGAGAAAAGGUACAGAAAAAAAUGGAAAAUUGUUAUUUGUUGUGUGGGAGCUUCUUUUUCUGAAAUAUCCAUAUAUUAGGAGAAUAUAGAAUCAGUCAAGGAACCAGUUAAGAGAGAAAAACAAAAAUUCUAUUGUUUUUACGUUAGACUUAUUUUCUGUGUUUGGAUUUAGCUUAUAAUCCUAUUAUCUCUUGCUAAAUGUAGUAAUUGGUUAAUUGAAUGUGCUAAAGAGAGCAAUUUAUGAAUUGAAGUGCUCAGUUCAAUAUUUAUUGAGUGA